CUCGCCCCACCCAUACAGGAUCAGCGCCCGAGCGCCGCACACACUCUGGGCAUCGCAGCACCCAGCCGUCCUCUGCCCAUCUGAACACGGGAGCCAGCUUGCCUCCGGCCGGGUCUGGAUCCUGCCCUCCCAGCACGGGUACAAUCAUGUUGGCCCUAUUUAACAAGCUGUUGGACUGGUUCAAGGCUCUAUUCUGGAAGGAGGAGAUGGAGCUCACCCUGGUGGGGCUGCAGUACUCGGGGAAGACCACCUUUGUCAACGUGAUUGCGUCAGGGCAGUUUAAUGAAGACAUGAUUCCAACCGUUGGUUUUAAUAUGCGGAAAAUCACCAAGGGAAAUGUAACCAUCAAGCUCUGGGACAUUGGAGGUCAACCACGUUUCCGAAGCAUGUGGGAAAGAUAUUGCCGAGGUGUAAGUGCCAUUGUAUACAUGGUGGAUGCUGCAGAUCAAGACAAAAUCGAGGCUUCAAAAAAUGAGCUACAUAAUUUACUGGAUAAGGCUCAGCUGCAAGGUAUUCCGGUCCUUGUCCUUGGCAAUAAGAGAGACAUUGCUGGUGCCCUUGACGAGAAAGAAUUAAUUGAGAGGAUGAACCUGUCUGCCAUCCAGGAUCGGGAGAUCUGCUGCUACUCCAUUUCCUGCAAAGAAAAGGACAACAUUGACAUCACUCUACAGUGGCUUAUCCAGCACUCUAAGUCCCGGAGGAGCUGAAAACGCCAAAUCCCUGACUACCACUUUUAAAUAUCCUGGAGAAUGUGUUCCUUCUAGGACUUACAAAUACAGAGAAAAUGUAAAAGAAGUCCAAGUCCUUGGAAUUCCCUUUCUCCUCCUUAUCUCUUUGGGUAUUCCUUCUUCUCAUCUCUCUUUUAAUGGUAUUUUUACACUGUCCUCAUCCAUUGUAAGAUAUUUUCCACCUCCUAUCUCAUUCUGCCAUCUCUGUGAUCCCCCUUUCUUGUUGUUGGAGUGUGUGUAUAUAUCUAUACCCAUGUACAUGUAUAUAAUUUGAUUUAAUUUUGUUUUUAUUUAAAGGUAAGGACUUACAGUAGUUAUCUGCUGGUUAACUGAUAACGUAUCGACAUUAAUUUAUAUAGACCACCUUGUCAAUAUAUAUAUAUAUAUGUAUGUAUGAAAUAUCAUAUAAUUGUACGCAAAAGUAAGGUACACAGAUUGGUAUGUCUACAGUAAUGUCUUGGUUCACCACAGAAAUGUAACCACGUUAAAAAAAACUUGAAAAAAUAACAGAACGGGCCAUUUUCUAGACUAUUUAUAUAUGACAAAAUGUACCGGCAUAGGCCUGUGUUCUCCUUGACCCGGUAUAGUCACCUGAAGACUCAUCAGCUAUCUUAAGGAACAAAACAAAAGGUGGAUAAAACCUUUUUUAAGUCUUUUUUUGUCCGUGUGAACUUAUUUUCUAAGAAGACUUAGUAUUAGAUUUCAAAAGGUUUUGGAUGAUUUUAGUCAAGGGGCUCAGCGCCUGUUCUGAGAAAAUGCAUCUUUAAUGAAGUACUCUCAUGUAGAAAUACAGAAAAGCUGCAUUCUUCAUGUAGGAGUGUUUAAAGUGCUGCUCAUGUCUAAGACCACAGCAAAUGUUUGUUAAUAAUGGAUAUUCAGAACUAUUUGCCAUAUCCUAGUCAGUGCCGCCGCUGGCGCUGUGUACACAGUCUACUAAUUACAAAGACUUUUUGUUUCUUGAAGUCUCUUUCUUGUGUAUAUUUUAUUUUUUGCCGUCUAAUAAAUUAAUAACUUUGUCAACA